GCGCUGCUGGUGUUAUGAGAUGACAACAUCGCAGUUUGUGUCUUGUUUGUCAUUUUAAUGUAAUUUCUAAUCUUUCAUAUCUACCUCAAAGUGCAAGAAAAAUAAGUGCAUUUAAUCUAAAUUUGUGAUAUUUAGAGACGCGGCUCAAUAGAGACUUGUAUUAAUUCAAAGUAAAUUCGAAUGCGUCCCUGAGGAAAGUACUUAGGUAGCUCUUGUAAAAAUGGCGGGUGUGUUAUCUUUAUGGUUUCUGUUUUCCUUUCUAUAGGAGAAAGUCAAAGUGGAUUAGUUGGUGAAGACGGCGCAGGUGUAAUCGUUUUUGAUGAAAUUAUCAGAAUGUCGCGUUGGGGCAGAGGCCGAAGCGGCAGUGUGGCCGUGCCGCUCGAUAGUGCCCUAUUUAGAGAAAACAGUAACUGUCCCACAGCUGCCCGGUCCGCGGGUACCGUGGGCAAGUGGGGAAUCACAAGCUUUACUUCCAUUAGAAGCGCCCCUUACGCCUACCAAAGUAAUGUUCACAAGAAACCAGUUCAAGACCAAAAUAGCCCACUGACAGUACCUGCUGUAGAAUCAGAACAGCCACCUCCAAAACCCAAGAAAUUUUUCAAGUCACGUAACACUGAAUUGUAUCCUCCAGUACCUCAAAUUACAUAUGCUCCUCCAGUUCAUCCUGCACCACUUUCUCCUGAACACACUACUAAAGAGAAAAAGACAACUAAGCGAAGCAGAUACAAUAGAGAUUCAUCAUCACCUGAACUACCAAGACGUAAUUCGGAAAAAUCUCGAGGUAAAAAGAAUGCAGUUGCUACUAAAGCAGCGAAAAAAGAGGAUCCUACAGCAGAAAAUUCACAACCACCAAACAAGCGUUACUUAGUAAGAAAUCGUGAUAAAGUGAUUAAUUAUGCAGAGGAUGGAAGCAACAGUCCUAUACCUGAAUUUACAAGAUAUGAGCCAUUACAGCCCAAGGUUUCAACUCCAAAGGCCAGUCCACUAGUAGCCAGUGCAUCACCAAAAGCUAUUCUUAGCCCAUCUCCAGUUAAAAGUGAGGUAGCAAGCCCAUCAACCAGUAAGGAAAGUAAUGAAGAGCGUAAACCACCACCAAUUGUACUUCGUAUCUCCAAAGGUACAUCUAGAAUUGUCAGUACAGAUUCCAAUGAAGGUUUCACCUCCCCUGGAUCAGACCGGCAUUCAUCUAUGGAUAAUCAUUCCGAUUUAGGGUUAGACCAUAAGAAGAGUCCUUCCGUGGAUGCUAUAUGUUCACCUAAACAUGAAGGACUUAAAAUUACCAUAAAAUGUUCUGGUUUCAAUCAAGAAGGUAAGAAAGAAAAAAAAAAAGAGAAGAAAGAUGGCCACAAAUCUCACAAAAAGCACCACAAGGUGUCUUCAGAUGAUGAACCUCUAAAGAAACCUAGCUCUCCACAACCUGGUUCAGAUGCUUAUGAACUUUAUAAAACACUUGCUUCUCCAGCACAUGAACCAAUACCAGAAAAAAAUUCAAACAAAAUUAAGCAGAUAGACAUUAUAGAAUCCCAAUUGGCUAAAUUUGAUUCUACGCCAGAUGACACAAAUGAACCUCUUCCUGAGCCAAAACCACCUGAAGUGGUAUCAGGUAGAUCUCGACGAAAUAGACCCAACAUCAAUUAUAGUGAAAAUGAUGAUGAGGUGUAUGUAGCAGCUGGAAUAUCUAAUAAACAUGUAGCAAAGACUGUAAAUGAAGUUAAAAGAGAGUGUAGAAAGACAAGAAAAAAACAAGAAGGAUCACUUGAUCCAAUACCUAGUAAAUUGCAAGAUGUUCCUCUAGAACCAGAAAAAGAAUCUGAAUCUCCCAUCGAACAAAAUGAAUUGAUUAAUAUUUUAGCAGGCACAGAUAAAACUGAAAGUAUACCUAAGUUAAAAAUAAAUAAGAACAAGAAAAAUAAGCAUGGCCAUAAUAAGCACUCAAGCCCUGAUACCAAUGAAAUGAUUGAAACUGUUAAUGAAGCAAAUGACACUAAUGAAGAAUUAAAUUCUGAGCAACAACCUACAGAAGUCAAACAACAGGAAGCUACAGAAGUGCAAAGCCAGACUCAGACUCAAUCUACUGACUCUGCAUAUAAUAGUUGUCCCAAUGAACUAUCAGAAGAAGAAGUGCAGAAGCAAUCUCAAGAUGUGUUUAAGUCACCUCACUCUGAAGAACAUAAUGAAGAGAAACCAAGUGUUAAAUUAGUUAUCACAAAGAAAAAGGGAUCUAUAUUCAAAAGCAAAUCUUUGGGUAAUGAUAAUCCAUCUCCACUGCCUGCUCGUAAAAGACGACAUCUUUAUAAACAUGAAUGGGCAAAUGAUAAGGGUAAUGAGACUCCAAGACCUGAGCAACCAGAAACAACUGAAGUCCAGAAUCCAGCCAGUCAAGUAUCUGAAGAGCUUACCAGAGUUACUCGCUACAGGGCAGCUGAUCCAAUUAUAGAUGACCCAAUAUGUAAUGAACCUGUUAAACCGUACACCAGUGUUAGAUGUGCAAAGGAAGCUAAGGAGUACUACACUGUUGUGAGGAAUGUGAAGAAAGCUCAUCAAAUCCAAGAGAUAGGUGAAUUCCAAGAAUUUAAUGAUGAUGUUGAAUAUCUUCUAGAUGCUUUACAGGACAACAAUCCAAUGUCGACACGUUGCCUGUCGGCCAUCACGCUGGCCAGUAAAUGUACGGCGCCCGCGUUUCGCAUGCACCUGCGAGCGCACGGCACCGUGCAGAAGUUCUUCAGUGCUCUACAUGAUGCUACUAAUGAUCAGAGCUUGGGGCUGUGUACAGCAACAGUUAUGUUUGUACUAUCCCAAGAUCGUCUCAAUAUGGACUUGGAUCGUGAAUCACUGGAACUCAUGUUGAAUUUACUGGAGUCUGAUGCGUCUCACAAGAAUGCUCUGGAUGACUGUGGCUUGACAUCAGCACAACUUGCUAAGACACAAGAGAGAGUUCGGGAACUAUGUGCUGAGAUCAAAAAUCAAGGAAAAGCUAAGCAUUUAGAUUUGGAUAAUAUUACUGUGGGGCAUUUAGCCAUGGAGACACUAUUGUCUCUGACGUCGAAACGCGCCGGCGAGUGGUUCAAGGAAGAACUCCGCAACCUGGGUGGCGUGGACCACAUCGUGCGCACCAUACAGGACUGCGCCGAGAAGCUGCAGGCGCCGGCCGCCACCUGGACGAACACACACCUGGAUAUAUUGAGGAAGGCUGACCGGUGCAUGCGGGUUUUGGAGAAUGUGACGCAGAUGAACGAGGCGAACCAGCAGCACCUGGUGUGCGGCGGGCUGGGCGCGGCGGGCACGCUGGCGGCGCUGCUGCGGCGCUGCGUGGGCGAGGCGCGCGCGCACCUGCCGCUGCGCCACGCGCUGCUCGACGCGGCGCUGCCCGCCGUCAAGGUGCUCGUCAACCUGUCGCACUCCUUCGCCCCCAACGCAUCGUCGAUUGGAGCUCAGGUUGUUGGUGAACAACCAUCAGUCAUGGAGAUGUGCUUGAUAAUGUUGAACAAUCAGGACAACUUUAUUCCAGACUCAAAUAACUUUGACUUCUCUGUCUGUGUGUUAAUGUUACUAAUAAACCUAGUACAAAACAACGACGUGAACACCCAACGGUUGCUCAGCGUACGGAUCCGUGUGGACAACGAGAACGAUAUCAUAUCGCGCAGCGUGUCUGCACUGGAUUUGAUUAUCGACUUGUUCCAUAAACGAGUCGAACUUGCCAAGCGAGCUGAAGAAAAUACGGACGCCAUACUUGAUGGCAAAAAGGAUGGCGAGGACAGUGAUAACAAGAAACAACCAGAUGACAUUGAUGAAACUGUUGCUAAACUGCUGGCGCGCGCGGGCACGCACAUGGAGCACACGAUGGUGGGCGCGUACCUGGCGCUGCUGGUGGGGCAGGCGGCGCUGGGCGCGGGCGCCUCCCCCGUGCGCGCGCGCCUGCCCAGCUACGCGCCGCUGCUGCCCACGCUGCGCAAGUACUUCGCCUUCCUCUCGCUCACCGCCAGCGCGGAAGCGGCGAUAGUGGCGCACGUGAAGUCGACGCAGCGGAUAAUCCAGUUUAUGGAGAACAGCGACAAGGAGGGCGAAGCUCCCGCCCCUGCCCCCGCACCUGCGCCUGCUCCAUACUACUCGGGCUACUACCAGACCUCACCCUCCGAUGUGCCUCAGGACAUGUCGCUGAGCAACCUCAACUACGGAGCCAACUAUUCUUCCGGCUCCGACAGGAUGUCCUCCUCCAUGGAGGUCGACGGCUACCAUUGAGUAGUGGGAAUGACGUGUGCUCGACAAGCGUGGACAUGUCUGUGGACAUUGUGACAGUAUGCCCGUGGUUGGCGGUUACCAUUUGAGACUCUAGCCGUGUGACAAAUGCUCGACAAGUAUGGAAAUGGAACCCACUUUGGCGUUUACUUUUUUUAAACGCUUUCGAAUUGAUGCAUGUGGAUUUGCAUCAAUUUGAUGUGUUUAAAUUUUUUAAGUGUAAAUCAAUUUCGAUAUUUUUGCUUGAAUAGAUAAUAUUGGUUGUAAGCUAGUGCCGGAUUUAAUAGGUUUUUAAUAUUUAUUCAACCAUGAGUAUAAAUACUGUCUAAUAAGUAAGUUUUCUAAUAAAAUGCUCAAAGUUGGUUCUAAUUUUCAUACUCUUUGCAACCAUAUAAUUUUAUGUGAAAGGCUAGGUACCCUACUCCGCUCUGAGUUUGUAAUUUACAAUUUUUAAAUGGAAUCUUCAAAAAUCGUUGAUCAUGAACAAGAAUACUUUAAAUGUGUAUGGGUCUGGAUACCUCGCGUUUACUCAAAUACAUAAUAUAAAGUUAUGUGUGUUCCAUUUGAAGCAUUAUUGUACACGGCUCAAAGCUUACGCUGAGUACUAAAUGUGUUUUGUUUUUGAAAUUUUAUUGUGUGCGUGUGAUUGGGAGACUUGUAAAUAAAAUCUAAAUCAAUUUUAUGUAUAGAUAAAUCAUGAAAACAUGCCAUUCGUAAUGUUAGAGUUUGUUUCCGUAUAAUGAAUUGUUACAUUGUUUUUAGUACCUCAUCUUUUGUAAUAUUCCUUUGUCGCCUUUGUAAAUAGAUCCGCAUUAGAUAGUUGAGUUGGAUAUGGGUUAUGAUCUUAAUGAAAUUGAGAUAUUUCCGAGUUUAAGCCUUUACUGGCAGUAUAAAAGUGCAAAGAUAGUCAAUAAGUGUAUAAUAGAUGUGAAUUCUGUUAUGUGAAUAUGUAUGCACUUUUUGUAUAGAACUGAGAGUUACAAUCUAUCGAGUAUUGUUCUCACGAGGCACAAUUCUUUGUAACUAAAUAAGUAGCUAGUUAAAAAGAUCGACUCUGAUCGACAUACACUGGAAAAUAUAGCAUUAUGUGACGCUGGUCGGAACGAGACGGAAUGUUUUCGCAAUGUACAAACACUGUUAAUUACAUGAGAGACGUUUUAAAUAAAUAGGACAAAAUAUCAUGACCGGACUUUUAAUUACAUGGUUAUUUUAUCGUUGACAUCUGAAAAGAAUAUGUAGACAAUUUGACUGAUCGCUUCCAUUUCACUUGUAGUACAGGCCGAUUAAGGAAAGCUGGCAUCUUCACAGUACUCUUAUGCAAUUUUACUAUACAGUAUGUUCAAAAAUAAAUGCGACUCUAGUUUAAUUGUAGACUUGAAUUGUAAAAUCGGUGCGUUGUAGAUAAAUAUAAUUAUGAAAGCUCUCAUAAUUUAAGUAUAAUAAUAUGUAAAAUAAGUAAAAAAAUAAUCUUAUCCGCGUGCCGCGAAGUAUCUCGUCGAAUACCGAACGUCUUUGUUUAAAUUACAUCAUUCUGUAUUUAUAAACAAUUGCAAAAUAAAAACAAUAUUGAUAUGAAUAAAUAAUGAUGCGUAUGCAGUAUGACGUCACGCCGCGCGUCUUCACAGACACUACACAUUGCACGUGAAAUACACGUGCAAUGUGUAAAUGUGUUGACGUUACAGCUCUUAAUCGGCCUGUAUCUGUGAUAUUUCCGUACUUUGAAACUUUCUCUGCCUGCAAUAUGUUGACGAACAAAGCAUUCACAUAGUAUUUAUUGAGGUUGAAAUAAUUGCUUUAUAAUUUAUGUAUAUUGUUGAAUAUUGCAUCAGAAUGAAUUGGUUAGUUGCUAGUUUGUUAUAGUGAAUGAUAGCCUUUAUGAAUAGCUUAGGGUUGAAAGAAAUUGAAUCCGGAUAAUUAAUCUUUAUAAGAUUUGGAGAAUAUUUCAAAUUUUCUACACUAUUAUUUUUUAACUCCAUCACAAUUGUUCUUAUUUUUUAUUUAUUUUGCUCAUUACAUAAACGUUUGUAGCUUUAAUUAUUUUUGAGGAUAGUUUUAAUGUUUCUUUUCACGAGUAGUAAUUAACACGAUGGCACCCUACUUAAUAAUCUUUUAAUAUUCUGAUUCUGUGUCCCAGAUUAUAAACUAGUGUUGGGUAAAUUAUUUAGGUACAAUUUUAAAGAAAACAUAUUUUGGGGAAAUCUUUUUAUUGAAUUAAAUAGCUUCUAGUUUAUCUUUUAAAUGGGUAUCAAAUUCUCAGUCUUAACAUGUAAAAUAAUUAUAUUUGUAAUGUAUAGGGAAUUUUGUGUGAAUGCCUCCCGAUAGUAGUCGGUUUUGUGUUUUGUGAAAUUCAAUAUAUUACACACUAUGUAGAGUUGACAGCUUUAUUAUAUAGACGUACAUACUUGCAGUCAUUUUAUUUGUGUUAGUAUAGCCUGACUUUCGUACCUAAAUUCGCGGCUUAUUAUAAUAAAUUGACUUUAUAGACUGGAUUAUUCGUUGUACAGUUUUAUUCUUAUAUCUAAAUUAUAUUUUACGUAAUUUAUUGAACUAUAGUUGUAUGAAUUUUGCUAUGUACGCGUUGCGUUAUAUCUUGUAUAUCACAUAUGUUUUCUAUAUUAUGUUGUUAGCCUGUGUCGAGAGUUUGAUAUCUUGAGAAAUUAUUGUAAAUGUAACGUGUAAUUAUGUUUUAAAGUAUUACGUGUAAUUAUUAUUAAAAGAAGGACAAAUAAAA